GGAGGAGUGUUCAGUGUGUGACCGCGCGCGGCCAGUAGCACUCGUCCAGUCAGUCGCCGCUCCAGUGUCGCGCCGAGUGCACGUCGCGUCGCACGCACCACGACAUCGUAUUUUUCUACAAUUAUAUCAGUCGACCUUGGCGCUAUUUUGACGCCGGUAUACGCACGACCAAUCUCCGAAUCCAUUCGUCCCUCACGAUGUCAGCUGCGGUGGACAGCGGCACGGGCGCGCUGAACGGGCGCGUGCACUGCGCGGAGUCGGCCACCAACGGCCACCACGACCCCCGCCCCUGGAGCCAGCAGUUCCUGCCCACGCCGCUGCACCUCGAGGACAGCGUGCGUGCACAGAAGGUGGAGGCGCGGCUGAAGGAGCUGGUACUAUGCGGGGAGGUGCUGCGCCGCGUGGCCGAUGUGUUCGAGCAGGAGAUAGAGCGCGGCCUCAGCGAGCAGCCCUCCAGUCUGCAGAUGGAGAACACCUACGUGCCGGAGCUGCCCGACGGGACUGAGGAGGGCGUGUUCCUGGCGCUGGACCUGGGCGGCACCAACUUCCGAGUGCUGCUGCUGGAGCUGGCGGCCGGCCAGCUGGUGCGACAGCAGGUCAAGCACUACCACAUCAGCAACGCGCUGCGGCUGGGCACGGGUGAGGAGCUGUUCAACUUCCUGGCAGACUGCGUGCUCGACUUCGUGAAGCAGCUGGGCAUGGAGGACCAGACCUUCUCGCUAGGGUUCACAUUCUCGUUCCCGAUGAAGCAGCACUCGAUCUCGUCCGGAGAGCUCAUCACGUGGACGAAGAGCUUUAAGUGCUCGGGACUAGAGGGCGUGGACGUGGCGGCGCUGCUGGAGCGCUGCCUGCGCGCGCGCAAUCUUCAGAUCACAGUGCGCGUCCUACUCAACGAUACCACCGGCACACUCAUCGCUGGCGCACACAUGCACAAGAACGUAGGGAUUGGUGUGAUCCUGGGCACGGGCUCCAACGGCUGCUACAUGGAGCGCGCGUCGCGCGUGCAGCACUGGGAGGCGGCGCACGAGCGCGUGCAGGACGUGUGCGUCGACAUCGAGUGGGGCGCCUUCGGAGACAACGGCUGCCUCGACUUCAUCAAGACAGACUUCGACCGCGAGGUGGACGCCGGCUCACUGCUCGCGACCUCCUUCACGUUCGAGAAGUACAUCGGCGGCAAGUACCUGGGUUCGAUUCUGUCGUGUGUGCUGAGCGCGCUGGCGCGGGCGGGACUGUUCCCCGCCGAGCCAGCACCCGACGCGCUGCAGACUGCUCAUCUGAGCCUCUUUGAAGAUGAGAACUGUGCAGGAGAGGUGUCCCGCACGAUGACGGCGCUGCGCGAGGUAUGCGCCGGCGCAAGUAUCACGGCGGAAGACGCGCGCGUCGCACAACAUGUCGCGCACGUCAUAUCCAACCGCGCCGCGCAACUUGUCUCAGUGUGUAUCUCGACGUUGGUGCGCCGCAUGUCGCGGCCGCACGUGGCGGUGGCGGUGGACGGCUCCGUGUUCAAGCACCACCCGCGCAUCGCUCGACUCAUGCGCACGUACAUCGCGCUACUGGCGCCACACCACUCGUUCUCGUUGCUGGGUGCCGAGGACGGCAGCGGCAAGGGCUCGGCGCUGACAGCGGCCAUCGCGGCCCGCUUGGCGACGCGCGACUCCUAGGCUACCUAGGCUACAGGAGACGCUCCACGUGGACCCAUUCCAACACACACUCCAACUUAUUACUUGCGUUCAUUUCUCAAUAGUUGUUGUACUAGAAUGCCACAAGAGUGCGUAGAGCGCUGUACUCAAUACUCGCACUGACGGCGUCCUGUGCCCAGUGACGUCACUAUCAUGAUAUUGUUACCUACUAUGUGAUGUUGUUACGCUCAUUUUACACAUAUAAGUAGUUAUAGACUGUGGAUGACUGCGUGAGUAUGAAUGUAUAAUGUAUGUAUGUGUGAGCUCGGUAGGAACUAAUAGUGUAGCGUACUACGCGCUACAAACUACGAGCUGUAGGCUACGAGGCUAGGUGCUACAGACCACUCGUAGUAUGCUACGCGCUAAAGACUAUGCGUAGUAGGCAACCAGCCUACGCGUAGAAGACGACGUGGCUACGUGCUCUAUACCAAGCGCAGUAGGCUACGAGCCUACGCGGUACAGACCACGUGUAGUUGGUCACGAAGCUACGAAUACGAAGCUACACACUGCUAUAAACUACAUGCUCGUAGGUUAUGUGCUACAGACUACGAGCUCGCAUGUAGGACGCUACAGCGCUCCUGGUGCUUGGUUGUGUGACGCUCGCUGGUCGAGUUCAAGUAGACACGUUCUGUGUAAUGUUUUAUAUUAGUUCCAUGAUAUAUUUUCAUAAUAAUUAAAACUAAUUAUAUUUUUAUAGCGUUGACCCACGUUUACUCUGAUUACUUUCAAUACCAACCAGGUGAUAUUCAGUGCUGACAAUGUGAGCAAAAUUAAAAAAUAAAUAAUGGUAUAGAAAGACAUGCAUGUGUGUGUGUGUGUGUGUGUGAGAGAGAGAGAUGUGUGAGUGCGUUAGAGUCUAGGUUAGUGUGUAUGUUAGUUGUGACAAGGACUGAGAGAUAUUUAAUAUACAAAAGUUAGGUAGGCAGUAGGCAGCCAUUGUCGCCACGCCCGCUCGCAAUCAGCUACAGCGCCACAAGGACAUGCCGAAUGCCUUUUCUCAAUCAAACUGCCUGCUUCAACGUGUGUGGCGUUUAGUUUCACGUUUUGUAUCUAAUAUACUUACAUCCGCGGGGUAGUUGCGUGGCGGCUGCGUGGCGGUUGCGUGGCGGCUGCGGGUCACUCGGGAAACAUAUCGCGCCACACUCGCGGUGCAUCCGAUGUUGUUACUUUGUUUUCGUAAAUAAUGCGAGAUGUAGUAGCGCGGGACUGGACAAGUGUACAGGUUGUUACAUACAUUAUGCAUGGAGUGUUGCGCUGCAGUGGCCGGCCGCGGGACACACUGUGUAUACCGUGUACAUAUGUUACUGUUUCUACAUUUUAUGUUAAGAAUAAAAUAAACUCAAUUUCU